AGAACUUUAUCACAAUAUUCUAAUUUUCUGAGACAGUCCUGUACAUUACAUUAAAAAUGAACUCGCACAUAUUUAGUUGUAUAUUCUGUAUUGUAACCAAUCAGCCCACCGUAUGUGGUCACGUGGCCUCUGUAGCGUCGCGUGUCAGAAAUCGGAUGGGCAUCUCUGAUUGGACAGACGGCAGUCUGGCCUUCUAACAACAACUCCUCUGCUGCGUCACUGACGUUAAUCUGCGGCUCCAGCCAACUCAACGUAAACACUACCGGAAACCACGCGGCUCUGUUUUCAAAAUAAAAUAAAGGUUGCGACUAACUAAUAAGUUAAUUCAAUAAUUACCGUCUUCAUCGAUCAUGUAGUCUGUAAAAUGUCCUAAUACUCUAAACUGACAGUUUUGUAUUCACGUUUCCUUUUUUCCUCUCAUGACAUUUUUUUAACGCAAUAUAACGUUUUAUUUUGAAGGUUUACACCAGGACUUCCAAUCCGGUUCCGUUUAACUUGACGUUUCAGUUGCUAUGGCGCGACCACCAUAGCAACCGAGCCACAGAGAAGGAAAAGCGUUUUUUUAAAUUCGAUUUUUAGGUGUACAAUUGAUAGAAGAUGGCGGCUCUUUUUUCUAAAGAAAUGAACGUCACUUUGACUUUAAAAAUGCAAGACACAAAAGUGAUCAAGUCAAAGCCCGGGGAGGUCACGAGGAAGCCCCUCGAGUUACCUACACCGGGGAAGGUGCGGGCGGUGACAGGGAGUGAGCUCAAAGUUCCCGCUGCGCAUAAAAACCGCGCGACGAGCUGCGCGAAGCGUCCGCAGCCGGAGCGGCGCGAGGCGACCGCCGGAGCCCUCAAGCCGAGCCCCUCCGAGAGGAGGUCCCGGUCCAGCUCCACCACCGCGAAGACCACCACGAAACCGGACUACCGGGGGGCGACCAGCAGCUCCGUGAAGCGCGCGGCCGUGACCCCAAAGGGCCGCGAGAGGAGCGCCGCUCCGGGCCAGAAGGGGGCGCUGCAGCCGGGGGGCGCGAGACAUGAGCGGCACGAAGCGUUCACGGUCAUCGCCCCGAACCCCAAGACACGAAGAGACACUCAGAGAACAGAGGCGGAGGCGGAGCUCGUCGCUUUAGAGGAGCUUCGGCUGAGCAGAGCGAUGGCUUAUGUCUCCAUUAACCCCAGCAGUGUUGGUGGCUGUUUGAGUCUGGAGGAAGUGCGCUUGAAGCAGCAGCAGGAAUUGAUGCGAGCGAAGAGGAAUCAGAAACCGGUGAGGAAGCAGCCGGUGGAGCAAACAGCUGUCCUGAACAUCACAUCCAAAUAUCAAUAAAAACAUGUAUCUGAACACAUCAUUUAUAUACACAAUGUAGUGUAAUGUACAGAGUAGAAUACAGAAAUAUACGUUUUCAUUACAGCUGUUUAGGGGGUUUGUAUGAUGUAUUUUGUAUAUAAAAUGUAUGUUAAAGUGUAAUUUCACUGCAAAUAACAACAAUAAUUAAUUUCACUUUUACAAUUGUUUGUAUCUGGACAGGUUAAUGUGUUGAUGUAUAACUAAUCACACAUGGAUUCAUUAUUAAUUAAUCAAUUAAUGGACGUUGUUCCAGAAUCAAUGAAGCAUUCAAUUCAUGCUGCAGUCGGAUAUCAAAUCUGGUUUCAGCUGCUGCUGAGGCUCAUGGGAAAUGUAGUAUUCAGCACCAUUAAAUACACUACACUUGAAUAUUAUAUUUGAAGAUCAACCCUGUAAAGAAGUAUACUGAAUUAUACUUUUGUAAGAGUUAAAUGUACUUAAAGCAUCAAAGUAAAAGUUCUCUAUGGAGCCGGCUACAACAGAUAUAUGUUUACUCAUUAUAUAAAUGUUUCAUAUAAUUUGUACUUAUAACCCAUGACAGUAAUAUAUUUAAAUUAUUGUAUUAAAUUUAAUUUUAUAUUUUCUGUUUUUUUUGGAUUUAUUUUGUACAUCUAUUUUUUUUCUCCUGUCAUAUUUAUUAAUUUUCUACUUCCAUUAUUUCUCGAUGUACUCCCUCCGUUAGUAUAGAGGUAUUUUAUUGAUAUUUUCUCUGUAUUGUUUAGUCUAUAAUAUAUGUAUUUAUUUAUAUAUUUGUAUUUUUCAAGAACUUAAUAAAAUAUUUCUCUGAA